AUGCCUACACUGUAUAAGAUAUAUGCGGCGGUAUUAACGGAGAGGCUGAGACAAGAAGCGGAAAAUAAGAGGAUGAUACCGGCCAACCAGACGGGCUUUAGAAAAGGAAUGGGAACUAUGGAUAAUAUUUAUGUAUUGAACUACUUGGUGAAUAGACAAAUAAUGAGGGAGAAGGGAAAGGUGAUUGCCUGUUUCAUAGAUCUGAAAGCUGCCUUCGACUCGGUGGAUAGAGGGGUGUUGAUGGAGAUACUAAAGGAGAAAGGAGUAAGAAGAGGGCUCAGGGAAAGAAUAAAGGAGGUGCUGAGGGAGGCCAAAAGCAGAGUAAGAACGGAGGUAGGGCUAACGGAACCUUACAUAAAAGUGAACUGCACAUAA